ACUUAAAAAGCCGUCCACGACUUUCUGAAGCAUCCAAGAUGGAUUUUGCGCCAUCGUUGAUUGGAUUUUUAAUGGCAAUGUGUCAUGUGGCGCUGAGAGUCAGAGGAGAAGAGGCGUCAGAGUGCGGCGGCGUCUUCGAUGCCAGCGAGGCGGGGUACAUCACCUCCCCCGGCUACCCUCUGGAGUACCCACCUCACCAGAACUGCCACUGGAUCAUCACGGCGCCAGAGCCCUCGCAGCGCAUCGUCCUCAACUUCAACCCUCACUUUGAGAUCGAGAGGCUGGACUGCAAGUAUGACUUCAUCGAGAUCCGCGACGGGACUUCGGACUCUGCUGACAUUCUGGGUCGACACUGCAGCAACAUCGCCCCGGCACCAAUCAUCUCAUCCGGGCCCUCCCUCCAGAUCCGGUUCGUCUCGGACUACGCCCACCAGGGGGCGGGCUUCUCUCUGCGCUACGAGAUCUUCAAAACAGGGUCAGAAUUCUGCUUCCGCAACUUCACCAGCUCCUCCGGCAUGAUCGAGUCCCCGGGGUUCCCGGAUAAAUACCCUCACAACCUGGAGUGCUCCUACAUGAUCAUCGCCCCGCCCCGCAUGGACAUCACCCUCACGUUCCUGACCUUUGACCUGGAGAACGACCCCCUGCUGGUGGGAGAGGGCGACUGCAAGUACGACUGGCUGGACGUGUGGGAUGGUCUGCCACAAGUGUCUCCUCUGAUUGGCCGGUACUGCGGGACAAAGAUCCCUCCAGAGAUCCAGUCGUCCUCCGGCCUGCUGUCCCUCUCCUUCCACACCGACAUGGCCGUGGCCAAAGACGGCUUCUCUGCCCGCUACAACAUGACCCACAAAGAAGUCACCGACUCAUUCCACUGUAGCAUGGCCCUCGGCAUGGAGUCGGGGAAGAUCAGCGACGACCAGAUCACCGCUUCCACCACCUUCUACGACAGCCGCUGGUUGCCGCGGCAGGCCCGCCUCAACAACGACGACAACGCCUGGACGCCAUCAGAGGACAGCAACAAGGAGUAUAUACAGGUUGACCUCCAGUUCCUGAAGGUUUUGACGGGCAUUUCCACACAAGGGGCCGUUUCUAAAGAGACUCAGAAGUCCUACUACGUCACCACCUUCAAACUGGAGGUCAGCACCAACGGAGAAGACUGGAUGGUGUACCGGCAUGGCAAGAACCACAAGAUUUUCCACGCCAACACAGACCCGGCUGAGGUGGUUCUGAACCGGGUCCCGCAGCCAGUCUUGGCGCGGUUCGUUCGCAUCCGACCUCAGACCUGGAGGAACGGCAUCGCCCUGCGCUUCGAGCUCUACGGAUGCCAGAUUACAGAUGCUCCAUGCUCAGACCUGCAGGGCCUGCUGUCCGGCCUGCUACCUGAUGCACAGAUCUCAGCCUCCUCCAGCAGGGACAUGGUGUGGAAUCCCGGGACCGCCCGUCUGGUGGCCAGUCGCUCCGGCUGGUUUCCCGCCCCUGCACAGCCUCUGGCGGGAGAGGAGUGGCUACAGGUGGACCUUGGUGUGGCGAAGACGGUGCGUGGUGUGAUCACCCAGGGGGCGAGAGGAGGAGACGCUGGAAGUGGGGCGACCACAGAUAACCGGGCGUUUGUGCGGAAGUACAAAGUGGCGCACAGCCUGAAUGGAAAAGAGUGGAAUUUCGUCAUGGACAAGAAGACCAGCCUGCCGAAGAUUUUCGAGGGGAACACACACUACGACACCCCGGAGCUGCGCCAUUUUGACGAGACGGUGGCGCAGUACAUCAGGCUGUAUCCAGAGAGGUGGUCGCCGGCGGGGAUCGGCAUGCGAGUGGAGAUACUGGGCUGUGACCUUCCAGAAACCACUACACCGGCUGACACGGUCACACCAACUCUGCCCACCGACAUCGAAACCACCACUGUCCCCGUUACAACGAUGCCAGGAGCCACCUCUCCUCUAUCAGACAGCGUGUGCGACUUCGACCACGGCCUGUGUGGGUGGACGCACGACCGAAACGCCCCUCUCUUCUGGGUCCUGCACAGCCACGAGCUCAACAGCUAUCUGUACAUGGACACCAGCCUGACAACGGAGCAGCAGUGGGCCAACCUCGUGAGCCCCGUGGUGGCGGCCGAAACCGGACCCCUCUGCCUCCUCUUCUCCUAUCAGCUGUGGGGCGAGGCCCCGGGCCACCUGAGGGUCUUACUGCGGGACGCCCACAACGAGGUGACCCUCCUCUGGACGCUGAAGGAAGAUCAGGGCCGCGUGUGGAAGGAGGGUCGCACUAUCCUGCCUCGCUCCCCUAAAGACUUCCAGGUUGUGAUGGAGGGUUUCUUUGCGCGCGGCACCAGAGGACACAUCUGGAUAGACAACAUCCAAAUGAGCUCCAGCACCCCCCUGAAAGAGUGUACACAACCCUUCGCAGCGUUUUCUCCCGAAAAUCCAGUCAAGAAACCCAAUGAAUUCGGAGAUGGGCGACUUUUCAGCGGCAGAGACCCACUAGGUGGAGGUUUACAGUUCCCCGAUUGGAACACACCAUCCCCAUCGUCCGAUCCCCCGGUGACCCGUGUCUCAGAGAAGGACAACUCGUGGCUCUACACCCUGGACCCCAUCCUGGUCACCAUCAUCGUCAUGAGCUCCCUGGGUGUCCUGCUCGGGGCGGUGUGCGCCGGCCUCCUCCUGUACUGCACCUGCUCCUACAGCGGCCUGUCGUCGCGCUCCUCCACCACCUUGGAGAACUACAACUUCGAACUGUACGACGGCCUCAAGCACAAGGUCAAACUGAACCAACAGCGCUGCUGCACCGAGGCGUGAGAGAGAGGAGACGGAAGAGCGAGAGAUACAGCCACCUUGCGAAAACCUCUCACUAUUUUCUUCAUUUCCUCCAGUUCACUUUAGUGUCAGUUUACUUCCUCAGUGGUGCAGAUCCCUGGACGCAUGGACAACAAGAAGGCCACUUCUUUUUUCUUUUUUUUUUUAGCUCAAACGAGAACUCGUUUCCCGUUGGGAAAACGUGGCGCUGUCCGGUGUUUGGUAGCGUUUGUGGUGAAAGAACCAAUGAGAGAAAGGCAGGGGGUUACCCAGAUGGAUUGUGCCAUUGCGGUGAUGUUAGGCCUCAAAAAGUAAAUAUCUACACAUAUCAAUUACAGAUUCCUGCUCCACCAAAAGAGAACUGUUUAUAAAUGCAUCAUAGAUUUGUAAGAGGUCUAGUUUUGAAACUGGAUAAUGUAAGCUACACAUACUGAGUCAGAACACAUUGUGUUGGAAAGGUGGUAGGUUAGGAACGUGCUUAGAAAGCGUCUUUUUUGAUCACGUGUGAACACAGUGGCCUAGAACUUAGCUCCUUCGUGUGGCCCGUUGAUUUUUUUUUUUGUUUUGUUUUGUUCCGUCGUAGACUCUGCUACCUAUCAGCCUCCGUUAUCCCCUUAGUUCCUGACAGUCUGUGGUAUUUUUAGUCACCGACAUCCCCCCCCCCUCCCCUCCCCUCCCAGUUUGUCUUUCAGCUCAGUCACUCUCUUUCUGUUUAAUGUUUUCGUUCUGUGAUGGCGGAUAAGUAGAAAAAAAAAAACGAAAGAAAUGUAUGUGUGUAGAGGCGGGGGGGUGGGGAGGGGAGGGGGGAUUUUUAACACAUUCUUUUAAAUGACAGAGAGACGUUAUUGUUAGAGUUAGUUGUCGGAGACUGUUGUUUGCUGGUUCCUGUCAAAGAGAAGGUCAUGUUUACAUUGUGGUUAAUGGUAAAAGGUCAAGGAGCUUUGGUCGGUGCAACCUAUGGAUUGCUGGGAAGAGCAGAGACUGAGAACCACUGGAGAAAGAGGGAGAAACAAAGAGAGAGUGAGAGAGACUAUGACUGACAGAGCACUAAAAUCCCCUCCCUCCCUCCCUCCCUCUCCCUCUCUCUCUCACACAGGGGUAAUGUUCUCUCUGUGCUUUCGCAAGGACAAAAAAACAAAUGGGAUCAAAAACAAAUGCACAGCCAGAAACUGCUUUCUCAAUCGACUGACUGACUGACUGACUGUGUGCCCGGACACACUACAAGCCUUAAAAGAAAACUGUUUGCAGAAAAAGUUGAAAAAGGAACGUUGAGGCAACACCAGGACGAGAGAGGAGCUAUCUGUCUCUGUCUCUCUCUCUUUACAUGUGGACCUCAAAAGCCAUGAUUUAAAGGACCUACUCCCUCCCACCCCCAACACACACAUGCACACACAUCACACCCCCCCCCACCCAAAUCAACCUGCUGGCUAACUGCGACCUGUUUUCUGAAGUUUGUGUUUUUUAUUUGUUUUUUUUUUUUUCAUUUUUUUAAAAAAAUCUUAUUUUAAUGUCGGCUCUCGCACAGCAAGGCGGGCGUUCUUCGGGGCGGUUCUGAACCAAUCAGAAAAGAGUCUUGUCUUGCACGAUGUGAAUGGACUCAUAAGCCAUGAGAAGGCGAGGGUGAGAGACCCUCCCAUGCACAUGCACACACACACACACACACACACACAUUACUUCACUUGUAUAUACAGAUGUAUAUACAGGCCGUGAAUACACACCCGCCCUCUCUCUCUCAGAAACACAUGAAACUUUGGACACACACACACACACACACACACACACGAGAGGAAAAAAUGAAGGGAAUAAUGGCUGCUGCUGAGAGGUAUAUAUUUGAGACCGUGAAGUACAUAAAUGGCGUGCAUUCACUGCACACACACAUAAGCUCAACAUUUCAUCCCAUGUUCCCUCAACAUGUAUACACACACACACACACACACACACACACACACACACACACACGAGCCGUCCCUCUCCUCUGAGGCCCGCAUCUCUGGACCCCACUGACUCUCUUCAAAGUGCCUUGGAGCCUCGGGGAUCCAGCUUGCCUUUGGAGCCGGUAUCAGAUACAGUAAAUUUGACAGUGACAGUGACAGUGACAGUCACAGCGCCCCCUUCAGCCCGGGAGGACCAAAACAUGUAAAAGAACAGGACCCC